GUGGUCGCUCUGAACAAGCGCAGUAAGGAGGCAGAGUCUGCAUUCCUGGGAAUCUACAAGCAGCUUAUCGAAGCCCCUGGUGAGUCUCCCACCUGUAACAAAGCCACACACAUCACAUCACAACAGCACAGUCACAAACAACACACAACAUUACUCAUGUAACAAACCUUCCAUAGGAGAUCACUCUCCCCAGCCAGAUCAACUACACUCAAAGCCAAAGUCAACAUCAUUAGGCCAACGUUCUACAUAAGACAUGCUAAAAUACAAAAUGACUGUUUUCUUGCCAUAGAUAUCCUAGAUAUAUAAAUAUCCAUAAGACACCUGAAGCUCUUAUCUAUGUUUUAGAGUUUGUGCUCUCAGUGUGGUUUCCAAGACUCUGUGUGGGGCCACUUCAAAACCGAGCGCUGGUCCUUGAGCGUUGCAUUGCUGAGGAGAGACGAUCCUUGUGGGGAUGGGCUGUUGAUUGCAGAGGGCCAAUUAAAAGCCAACUGUAGCUUGUCUUAGUCUGGAGUGCAGGCCUGAUGAGGCCGGCAGGGAAAGAGAGGGGGAGGGGGAGAGACUGUUUAUUCUGUUUUUGUUUGGUGCCAGCACACACUAUACAACAUUGCUCUUUGUUGCAGGAGACAAGAGCAAAACGCACUCCAAUCUCCGGCUACAUCAGAGGAACAAUCAUGGCAAGAGUAGAGAAUGCGGUUUACAGAUUCAAUGAAUACAAGAUAAAAGUGGGUGUCAGAGAAAAUAGCGAUGCAGCGACUGACUUUUAAAGGUCUCCAUUUUACCUUGAAGUUUCCUGCUUGAUAUUGCACCACACACUUUGAAUGGAGUUAUUUUCUUGAUAAGAAAUGGAUGUCUUUGAAGAUGUGUUCAGUUUGAUUUCUUGACCUAUACCUGCAUGUAUCAAGGGCUUAAUAGAGGACCCAGGAGGGUUUUAGGGGCUAUAUUUUGUCAUAAACACAUUUUCAAUCAAGAGCAGACUGAACCAACAGUGGUAAUGUAAGGAAUGAGGACUUCAUCUCUUUAAUUACACAGGGCAUUGACAAGAAAGAGUACUCAUAAACCAUGUGGCGGUUAAACUGUAUCGGAACCCUUGUAGCUAGGAUUGGGUUUGAAGAGUUAAAAAAUAGGAAUUGAACGUUUACUUUUGCUCUUACACAUAAGCACAUACACACACAUGCAUACACACGCACACACCAGAGGAGGCUGGUGAGAGGAGCUAUAGGAGGACGGGCUCAUUAUAAUGGCUGGAUUGGAAUCAAUGGAAUGGAUUCGAACUGGGUUUUCAUGUGUUUGAUAUUGUUCCAUUCAUUCUAUUCCAGCCAUUACAAUGAGCCCAUCCUCCUAUAGCGCCUCCCACCAGCCUCCUCUGGCGUACACACGUGCAUGCACACUUUCAACUCCUAUUUUCUGUUCAUUUGACCAAUGUGAUGUAAACAUAUAUCAGUUCUCAAUGAUUGCCCAGGGUGGGGGUAGAGCCUUGUCGUCAUGUCACAAAGCUAAAGGAGUGGGCCUCUCUGGUUACAUCAGAGGGCCUUGGAUUAGCAUAUCCAGAACACUCAUCUUCCUCUGACCUUACCUGGACCUGGACCUGCGCUAGCAUUAGCAUCAGAGUGACUCUCACUCACCAUAGUCUCUAGUCUUAGCUCUCAUACUGUGUGUCACUGCAGGUCUGUGUAUGGAUGACUUUUCCUGGGCUUACUACACAGAAGGAGUUAUUGGAGUUAUUUGCCAUCUAAUUCCUUAAUGGCAUACCAAUAAUUGCAGUUAACUGCUAAUUGCUAAAAGUCUCCAAAUCUAUUAAUUAUUAUCUUUCAGAUAUUAUUUACCUCCUAUCUGUUGCCAAACAGGAGUCACAAAAAGCAGGGUAGGUUAUUUUGUGUAUCGGCCCCCUCACAGAAUCUGCCAUCUGUGACUGUGAGGUGGGCCUGCGCUAUCCAACGCCUGUUUAUUAUUGUGCAUCUCACUGGCCUGUCCAAGGUCACCCCCCUGUUCCCAGAAUGGAUCGCUCCAGGUACACCAGAGGACAGUCAGUUGGCUGUGGUCCCUCACUUUAUUAGUCUCCUCCCUUAUAAACACAACACUGUGCUGCUUUCCUACCAGUCUCCAAGCAAACAAUCCAGCUCAUGUAUUUGUAAUGUUUUGACACAUGCAAUUAUUCUUUACACGCCGUACUCGUUAAUCUUAAUGUCGUUAUUACUAUUCAUAGCCAGACAUUUGUUUCUCCCUCUUAUUUCAUUUGAAAGUAUCCCUCCAUCCUGGUUGGUCUGCUGACACUCACAGGCCGUUGGUCCAAUCAGAGCGGCCGACAGCAGAGGUAAUGAAUGCAAGAGGAGAGCCAGGGAGGGGGAGGGGACAAGGGCAGCAUCUCAAUAUGUGACCUGUUGUAUCCAGUUAACAGUGACGUUUGGUGUAUCAGUUAUCCACAAUAACAAAUCUGUUAUUGGAAUAGGUGCCAAUGAUGAUGUCAGUUGCAUAAUGUUGGACACGCAUGACACACGUUAUGAUGCUGCUUUCAUAUUCUCAGUUCAUGUGAAUGUUAUAGACAGAGGUUAUGUAUCCCUGAAACAACACAGGGCUACCCUGAACAGGCUCUCAAUAGAGCAGGUGUUAAUCACGUCCCAAUUUGGUAAAGCAAAUGUGUAUCUCACAUCAGUGUGUUUACAAGGAGGAGAAUGUUAGUGUAAGGGAAGAGAGGAGAAUACAUGGCUUGAAAUGCUGUGUGUGUGCGUGUGUGUGUGUGUGUGUGUGUGUGUGUGUGUGUGUGUGAUUUGGGUUUUGUUUUUACUGUAAAGUCAGCAAGUGUAUCAAGCUCCAGCUGCUGAAGAAGAUGGCUAUUAUUAUAGUUGAAGUGUGGUGCUGUUUCCUGUGACAGAAGAAUACAUGUAGCAUGACAAUGUGACUAUGCAACCUUUACCGGUAUCAUGAACAGUCAGUCGUACAGGGCAUGCUCUUUGAGGCAACUCCAAUACAUCCUCUGCAUUUUAUGGCGAACAGUUGAAAUAAGUGCUCUGAGCAAUAAGAACACCUUGAAAAUGUAAUACUUCUAAAAAUGUAAUUAUUGGGUCCCCAAGCCAAAAAGUCACACACCAGAAUCAUAAUGUGCAUUUCCAUGCAUUUAAGACAUACAGUGGCUUGCGAAAGUAUUCACCUCCCUUGGCAUUUUUCCUAUUUUGUUGCCUUACAACCUGGAAAUAAAAUUGCUUUUUUGGGGGUUUGUAUCAUUUCAUUUACACAACAUGCCUACCAUUUUGAAGAUGCAAAAUAUUUUUUUUUGUGAAACAAACAAGAAAUAAGACAAAAAAAACAGAAACCUUGAGCGUGCAUAACUAUUCACUCCCCCCAAAGUCAAUACUUUGUAGAGACACCUUUUGCAGCAAUUACAGCUGCAAGUCUCUUGGGGUAUCUCCAUUACAUGAAAUCCAAAUAAAAAUCAAUUUAAAUUACAGGUUGUAAUGCAACAAAAUAAGAAAUACUGAAUACUUUAGCAAGGCACUGUAUGUCCCUCUGCUCCAUGGAAAUUGUCUACACAAUAUUAGGCCUGAAAUAAAUACUUGUAAACAAUGCUUCCUUGUUUAGAUUUUCACCUCUAUACUUUUUUGAUCAGUGUAAAUAAACUAGUUCCCCAUCACAGGAUGUGAAUAACAGUGACAGUUUCCAUGACUGCAUUGGCUCUCCUGAGUGGCACCUCUCUCAUCAUCUCUCAUCAUCAUCUCUCUCCCUCCUGUGUGAGCAUCUCUGACUCUGUGGUUGCGUUUGAACCUUGGUGUUUGUAGCUGUCGCUGUGAGAGGAGGAGCUUGGCCCUGUCGCCAGGAGCGUAGCCCUGAGACUUGCGCUCCAGGUGUUUGCUCUGCCCCCUCCCCUCUCUUUACUCACACUCCUCCCUCAGGAUCACCCCGUCCCUCUCUCUCGCUCUCUCUCCGUCUCUCCUGAAGAACACAGUACCUUUCAUCUGAGCAGGGAGCUCACUUACUGUGUGUGUGUGUGUUUGUGUUUGUGUUGUGUAUGUUUGUUGGGCCCUUUGAAGGGCUGAGGUCUGCAUCAGUUGAAACAUUGGGGCAACAGUGCUUGCUAGUGGUAACCAAAUACUACUGCAUGGUACGGGUUCCAGGUCCAGGUACAACUACACACAAUUCCAUCAUGGCUUUGUGACUUCAUUGCACAAUGAAUAUUCAUGUAUUGAAGUCUCCCUGGCCUGCGAGAUUGUAAGUGCAGUGCAUAUUGAAGUCACUUAGUAAUUUCCUUUGGAUCCAAGGUUGUAAGAAUAGAGCAUUAUUGACCUUUGUGAUUUGACCUUAAUCUAUUCAAAGAAUAUUAUUAUUGUCCCCUUGUAGCUCCCUAUAUACACUGAGUGUACAAAACAUUAGGGACACCUUCCUAAUAUUGAGUUGCACCCCCUUUUGCCCUCAGAACAACCUAAAUUCGUCAGGGCAUGAACUCUACAAGGUGUCGGAAGCGUUCCACAGGGAUGCUGGCCAAUGUCGACUCCAAUGCUUCCCACAGUUGUGUCAAGUUGGUUGGAUGUCCUUUGGGUGGUGGACCAUUCUUGAUACACAUGGGAAACUGUUGAGUGUGAAAAACCCAGCAGCGGUGCAGUUCUUGACACAAACCAGUACGCCUGGCACCUACUACCAUAUCCCGUUCAAAGGUACUUCAAUAUUUUGUCUUGCCCAUUCACCCUCUGAAUGUCUCAAUUGUAUCAAGGCUUAAGAAUCCUUCUUUAACCUGUCUCCUCCCCUUCAUCUACACUGAUUUGAAGUGGAUUCAACAAGUGACAUCAAUAAGGGAUAAUAGCUUUCACCUGGAUUCACCUGGUCAGUCUGUCAUGGAAGGACAGACUGUGGUCCUCUGUAGCUCAAUUGGUAGAGCAUGGCGCUUGUACCACCCAUACGUAAAAAUGUAUGCACACAUGACUGUAAGUCGCUUUGGAUGUAAGCGUCUGCUAAAUGGCAUAUUUGUUAAAUAUUUAAAAGAGCAGGUGUUCAUAAUGUUUUGUCCACUCAGUGUACAUUGGCAGAUGCUUGAGAGAGAGACUUAUUGAGGCCUGUAAGGCAUUGAGUUUUUUAAAUAAUAAGUGUGGUGCUGAGUACAUUCCAUCAGAAGAUGAGAGGGAACUUGGGAGAGCUGUGUGUGCGCCAUGUUUGUGGCAGUAUAAAAAAUUAAAGCAUAUAGAAGUUGAUGGAAAAUGAAAGCUCUUUUGGGCAGGACGAGAUUCUGCACAAGUGAUUAAUAAGAGCAGUAAUAAACAAAAGCCCAGGAGAUGUUUGAGGUGCUUAAUAAUGCAUUAUGUUCAUAAAAGAGCUGGGCCUCUCCAAUGGAUCCCCGUGGAGCAGGAGACCCAAGAGGGACCGGCAGAGUGUGUGCUCAGAACAGAGAGGAAGUGUGUGUGUGUGUGUGUGCGUGGGCAUUUGAGUGUGUGUGUGGAGAGAUACUGUGUGUGUGUGUAUGUAUAUAUAUAUGUGUGUAUAUAUAUAUAUAUAUAAAGGGUACGACUAAAACUCAAGCUCUGAAGUGUACAGGCGAUGAAUAGUUUCAGUUGUGUUUUUUCAUAUUUUUUGUGAUUGUUCACUGAACAGUUAUUUUGUUAUUGUAACAAAAAAGGAAGAAGAAAACAAGGACGCCAACCCUAUCAAUUAGAGUUAAAGAGUGGCUGAAUGGUACUGUACCCUGAUAUUCUUGUUUAUGUAUAUAUCUAAGAGGUUCUUUUGACAUUGUUGUAGAGAUGUCCUUCAGUCUGCCAGACAAAGGCAUGUGUGGAACACCGACAAAAGACCAGGUUAAAGUGUGUCUUUCAGAUUGUCUGUCAGCACACAGUGAAAGACACACUUCUUUCACCAUUUAUCUCUCUCUCUCUCUCUCUCUCUCUCUCUCUCUCUCUCUCUCUCUCUCUCUCUCUCUCUCUCUCUCUCUCUCUCUCUCUCUUCUCUCUCUCUCUCUCUGUUUCUUUAUCUUUAUCUCUUUCACUCUCUUCUCCAAGUCAAAGGGAGAGAUUUUUAUUCUGUGCUCUGAAUAUCGUAUUAGUGAAAAGACGGCACAGAAAUUGACUAUUUUUACUGUAGUAUUUUCAUAUUUUUUCAUAGGUUUUCAAAGUUCAUAUUUUGUUGAAAAUUAUGUUCUUGUAGCCACAAAAAUCUAUAUAAUCUAGGUUAAAACAAGGAUAGACAUUAAAUAAUUGUACCUUGUGACUGUGUAGUUUUUAAAAUAAUAGAUGACUUUGUUGAAAGUGUUCCUACACGGCUGCAUUGGAUGGAGACUCCCGUACUCUAUAGGUAGAGUAUUGGUUGUUUACUUUUGGUUGAAUUAACUUUUUUCAAAGGUAGCCAUUUUGAUGGUGCACUUUGUCUUUGAAGGUUGAACUAAGGACUAACUGUUCAGUCACGGUCCAUGACAAUACACUACAUUUGACAUUUUAGCAGACGCUCUUAUCCAGAGCGACUUACAGUUAGUGAGUGCAUACAUUUUCAUACUGGCCCCCCGUGGGAAACGAACCCACAACCCUGGCGUUGCAAGCGCCAUGCUCUACCAACUGAGCUACAGGGGACUCAUGUACUCAUGUACAGUGUUACUGUUUGUUGCAACAGCAGGAAAUAGUGUUUUUGGAACUUGAAGACCACACAGAGAGAAAAACAAAACAAAAAACAAGACUGUUUUGAAUUAAAAUAAAAAAACCUUGAAGCACAGCCCUGUAAAUGAAUUUGUUCAUGUUGUAUGAUGGGAACACAGCUGGCCUCAUUAACAUGCGCACAACAAAUAAUUAUAGUGUUUUUUUCUUCUCUCCAGCCAGCCAGUGCUUGGCUAAUGGGCUUGCUGGGUUAAUUAUGUCAGAGCGUAAUUACACAGGGCCCAGGGAGACGUAAUGGUGCACCCCGCUGAGCCCACACGCCUAAUGACAGUGUAUCGCUGACAGGGCAAAGACGGACCGCCCCAACACACCUGCUUGUGUUAGCUCACGCCACCCUUGUCCAACCCCACCCACCACUACUGCCCACCCAGACACACCCUGGACCUGUCUGUCUGUCCCACUGUCCCGGCCACAGUCCAGACAGUCCUUUAUGUGGACAGUUCACACAGUGGGCCCUGGCCUAGCCUGGUCUAUAUCCAACUCCAUAGGAACAACAAUAGGAGCUGGCUAUCAAGAAUAAACAUAUCUGUUGUGACCAUGCUAGCCAUGGCCUGUUUACCCUGGGCUGUCAAGGAGCAGCACCCAGCACCUAGAGAGCCGCCCCCUGCUGUGGGAUGAGCAAUAGCAGAGUAAUACCAGACCAGCGGCCGAUAGGAACCAGCCAUGGAAGCUCAUUAUCUCAUCUGUAACACUGAUGCAAACUCAGCUCACAGUGUAAACAAUGUAGAUGAUGAGACCACACACACAUAGAUUCUAUGAUAGCCCUACCCUGGCUUACUGUUGUAGUGACUUUACCACACAAUAUCACCAAACCAGGUGGAACUGUGUUGAAGUACAAGUGAUGCCAGGAUCCUGAAUGCCAGCUUAUCUUUGCUGGUAUACUGAGAGGACAGACUUGUGUGUCCGGAAUGGCUUCUGAAUCUCCUCCUCCUCAUAACAUUCUGUUCAUCCCCACCUUUGCCCAGUCACUGUGAUUCACUUGUGAACGGACCAUAUUUCACUGGAGAAUAUGAUGUAUUAAUGUGCUGUGAUUUAUUACCCUCAAUGAUGUGCUGUUGUGCUAUCUGUUAUCAUGACUUCAGGGCAGAUGUCCAAUCAGCCAUAAUUAAGAUACGGGCUGAAUUAAGAAAUGUACUGUUUAUUUGACCAACUCACAGUAGAUAAUGGUGGGUGAUGCAGAUGGUGGUGUGGGGGGGAAUUCUAGGUAUAUUGGCAGUAUAGUGUAAAAUUUAAUUCAAGUAUUCAAUAUUCCUUUUAUAGUAAGGAUUUACUGUUAAAGAAUUGCUCUUAAAGGAAUAUCCAGCACAGCUUAUUAGCAACAUCAAUUAGUAGUCCUGUUCUCUUUCGUUACCAGCAGUCUUCUUUGACUCUCCCCCCAAUUAUAGCCCAACUUGCAGAGCUACACCCUGGCCCCUCUGAGAGUACCCCUGCUGCUCUCCUCUUUGACUGGGUUAAUUUUGUAUACAGAGCUACCAUAUAUCCCUUCACUUUUUUUGCCUAGCCACUGAUUGAUAAUCCCUGCUUGUCCAAGUGUGAGAGAUCCCUUGCUGUAAUCUCUGCACUUUGAUCAUGGAAAGUUUAAAGGAUAUAUGGAAAAGAGGCUGAUAAAGUGAUUUCUGUGACAGUGGGUCGAUGUGAACAGCAGUGUUUUAAGUUAUCCUGUUUGUCUAAGAAGAGCUCUUCUCUUAAGUGUGAUGUCCCAUGUUACUGAUGCAAUAUCUCCAGUGUUGGUGUAACAGUGAACACAGACACACAGGAGGCUCAGUUGAUUGUAAACGGUCCUGGGGAAAAAAUGGUUCAAUCAAUUAUCUUUGUCUGAGUGUUUCUGAUGAAACUUCAGAUAUGUCAAAUGGCUAUGGAAGUCUUUUAACAAAUUGCAAAUUUAGACUUGAUGUGUUUGUUUUUGACUGCUGUGUUUCUGUAGCCUGUUUCGACCUGGCUGUCUAGUCUCAGUGGUGUCUGUUGAAGUGUAAACGUCUGUGGUUAGGCUCUCUGAAAAGUCAAUUCAGUCUGUGCCCAUGUUGAAGAAAGGAUAUGAUCGCGAUCCACACAGCAGCAGAAAGACGAGCGGAUGAAAGCUGUGGGAGAAAAGUUUGUGCAGCAAAGCAGCGAUUUUCCCUCCUUGGAGUUUUGAAAGGCUGGUGUGUGCGCAAGAGUGUGUGUGUGCCUCUACAUCCUCCCUCCCUCCUUGUCAGGCGGCUCCCCUGAGCCCCUCUCUCUGUGCUUUGGCACUAGAAGUCACCUCCUUUGGUGUGCGGUAGGCAGGUACACAACAGGAGCAGCUCUCCCUCUCAGAGCUGUUGAACUUUUCGGGAGGGGAAGAAAGGGAAGGAGAAGAUUUAAAAACAGCCCUGUGAUGUGGAGUGCCGAGCCGCCUCCUGAGAAUUCCUGGCAUAAUAAUUUAAAUGAUCAAAUGACACAGACGAGACUUGUUAGCAGAGAAACAGCCUCCUAGUUGGCCCCAUGGGCCCAGUGCUGCCGUACAUGCAUUGCAAAACAGCUCCUCUGUUGUGCUAAAGAAUCCAGCUUAUUAUCUCUUAUUUUCAGGAGUAGACUUUUUCCACACUUUGUUGGAUUUGUUUAGGUGUAUAUUUGGGACUGAGGUGCACGUCAUAUUCUACUGCAAUCUAUACGGCUUAUUUUUUACAUUCAUUUAUAGGUGAUGAGUUCCAUUGAAUUUGAUAUCAGUAGUUAUAGUAUAUUCAUGUCAUUAGGGCCAGCCUGUGAGAUUUUCUAAGGCAUCUCAUUGGAGUGAAUUCUAGAGUCCCUCUUUGGAACAAUUUCUCAGUGCCAUUCUCAGUUUCCUACUGUUGAUACUGUUGUGCAGCAGGAGAGCAUAUGAUAACUGUACUGUCCCAUUCAGCAUAUAGUAUAGUAGAUUUUUCUUUUAAUAUGCUAUUUACAAAGUUCCUUUUAAACAUCCUGACAUCAGUUGUAUAACAGGAGACAUAUUUUGACAGCAGCAACAGGAUAAUUGUGAUAUCUCAUUAUAUUUUAUCAAAUAGAUAGGCAAUGAAAUUCACUUGACUGAAAUGUUGAACUUUUGACUUUACUAAUCCACUUCAGCAUUUGAAGCCAUUUUUACAUAAUGUUCAGACUGUACAAGCUCUUGAAUUUCCACUCAAUAUUAUGGCUAUGUGGCUGUUUUUCAUGGAGUGGUUAAUAGAAAAUGUGUACAUUUCUCUCCAUCUCGUUUGUUUUCUUGCUCUCAGACCCAGUUCCCGUGCUGGAGGCCACACACACCCUGGAGGAGAGGCUGCAGCAACUGCAGAGUUCUGCCCCAGACAGCGAGGCCCUGGUCAGGGAGAUCAGCGGGCACUGGAGGAGACACCUGGAGUGCCUUGACAAGCCAGGUCAGAGCAGAGCCACAGCCACCAGCCUGGUCUCAUAGACUAAACGUAACAUCGUAAAUGUCAAUCCGGGACCCUCAAAUUAGGAUGAUAUGUUAUGUUUGGUAUGGUUACAUAAGACAGAUGGUUACUUAAGGCAAAAACUAAAGUAGGGUGGUUAGUUGGGGGUGGGUGGGCGUAUAACAUGAACGUCUACCAACCCAAUGGUUGCGAGUUCAAAUCUCCUCAUGGACAACUUUAGCAUUUGAGCUAAUUAGCAACUUUUCAACUAUACUGAACAAAAAUAUAAACGCAACGAUUUGACUGAGUAACAGUUCAUAUAAUAAAAUCAGUCAAUUUAAAUCAAUUCAUUAGGUCCUAAUCAAUGGACAGGGGCACAGCCAUGGGUGGGCCUGGGAGGGCAUAGGCCCACCCACUUGGGAGCCAGGCCCACCCACUGGGGAGCCAGGCCCAGCCAAUCAGAAUGUGUUUUUCCCCACUAAAGGGCAUUAUUACAGACAGAAAUGCUCCUCAGUUUCAUCAGCUGUCUGGGUGGCUGGUGUCAGAUGAUCCCGCAGGUGAAGAAGCCGGAUGUGGAAGUCCUGGGCUGGCGUGGUUGUGAGGCCGAUUGGACGUACUGCCAAAUUCUCUAAAACAACGUUGGAGGCAGCUUAUGGUAGAGAAAUUAACAUUAAAUUCUCUGGCAACAGUUCUGGUGGACAUUCUUACAGUCAGCAUGUCAAUUGCAUGGUCCAUUAAAACUUGAGACAUCUGUGGCAUUGUGUUGUGUGACAAAACUACACAUUUUAAAGUGGCCUUUUAUUGUCCCCAGCACAAGGUGCACCUGUGUAAUGAUCAUGCUGUUUAAUCAGCUUCUUGAUACGCCACACCUGUCAGGUGCAGAAAUGCUCGCUAACAGGGAUGUGAACAAAGUUGUGUACAACAUUUGAGAGAAAUAAGCUUUUUGUGCGUUUGGAAAAUGUCUGGGAUCUUUUAUUUCAGCUCAUGAAACAUGGGACCAACACUUUACGUUUAUAUUUUUGUUCAGUAUACUUACUACUUUUUAGCUACUUUGCAACUAUUUAGCAUGUUAGCUAACCCUUCCCUUAACCCUAACCUUAACACUUUUAGCUAACCCUUCCUCUAACCCUAACCUUAACCCUUUUAGCUAACACUUCCACUAACCCUUUAACCUAACUUCUAAACGUAACCCUAACCUUAACCCUAACCCCUAACCCCUAGCCUAGCUAACGUUAGCCAGCUAGCUAGAAUUCUUAACAUAUUGUACGUUUUGCAAAUUCGUAACGUAUAAUACAAAUUGUAAUUCAUAACAUAUCAUAUGUAAUGGGUGAUGGAUAUCCACAAAUUAAUUCAUACCAUAUGAAAUGUAACAUAUCAUACUAAAUGGAGUGUCUCAGAUUUAGGUACAAAAUAAUAAGAAAUGCUCUGAGACCAGGUUGCAGCCACAGCCCUGGCCACAGAAUGGGCCCAGGCCUUGCUCACUGCUGCUUGAUUGUUCAAAGUUGUUCGAAAUGUCAAUUUCAGAGAAAGUAAUUGAAGAAAGUCUCUUUGUUCUACAAACAAUCCACUUUUAGCCACACACGGAUGUCUCUGUUCCAUGCACUCUCUGUGGCAUCUCACCUCAGAUGAUCACAGCACUCAUCUGUACUCCUCUCCGCUCCCUAUCCACAGGUGACACAGAGGAGGACCCAUCAGCAGCAGAGUCAAGAGCUGGGGAGGCAUCGAGCUGGACAGCCUGUGUGAUGACUCCAAACAGCAAACAGGCCCUCAGAGCCACAGGCUCACCUCAGCAGAACCACCAGGGCCAGAACCAGAUAGGAAGGUUAGAAACACAGGCCUGGUCCUUGCCUCCCUCACAGCCCUGUGAACAUGAUAUGAUGUGUACAUGAUAACAAAAAAGAGAACAGCCCUCAGCCCGUCAGUCACACUGCACAAUGACAAUAGACCUGGAUGUAAUAACAUUUAAACCUUCAACUAAUACGUGGAAACAGAAUGUAAUACAGUAUGUGUGCUGUAUUCCUGAGAGUAUGUAAGUAUGGUCAUCUUUGACAUUGCGUCUCUCUUCUCAUAGGGAAGCUGAAGACACAGAUGCCACUCUGGCCGACAGACUGGGUGAGGCCGAGGAGAGGAUCAAAGUGCUUCAUUCAUGUGAGUGUUUUGUCCGAUGGUCCUUUCUGGACACAGUAAGGUGAAAGGUCAUCAUGACUAAUGCUGUUCCUUUAUCUCUCUAGCUCUGAGCACAGCCCAGACAGAUCUGCUGGACCUGCGGUGUAAAUACGACCAGGAGAAGGCCAACAAGUAAGAGCCUGCUUGUAUCUCCACUGUCUCUCAACUUCUCAGUUCACGUAACCCACUCAGCCUAUGUCCAUACUGUCCUUUCUGCUUGUCCUCUAACAUGUUCCCUAACCCUCAUUCACUCUACUCAUGGUCUCUCCAUCUAUACAACUGCGGGUCCCUACUCAGCCCACCUAUGCAUACACCACUAUGCUCACCCUUCUCUCUUUAGCCAUGCUUGCUCUACCCUACUCCACACAUGGUCACCUCCCACUGUAGUAUACCCAAGUCCAGUCUGAACCCUCAGAAUGCCAUUGUAAAAACAGACCUGGGCUGCAACUGAAAUGGCACCCUAUUCCCUAUAUAGUUCACUACUUUUGACCAGAGCCCUAUGCACGUAGUGCACUAUAUAGGGAAUAAGGUGCCAUUUCGGACAUUACAGUGGUGUGACUCACCGACUAAUGCAGGUGGAUGGAUGGGAGAGCUCUGUGUUGGCCUCCUCUGUCUGAUAGCUAGAGCCCUGCCUUGCCAGGCCUCAAGAAGAAUGACUCCAUUUAAAGAUUGCUUCAGAAAACACUCUACCUUGUCCUGGAUCUGCGAGCGAAAUAUAUUCAGCUCAAUGGUUGAAAUGAAUGUGAAGUUGUAUGAAGGAUGUCGAUAUACAUUCAAAGUAAACACUCCUUUGUUUGGGUUGUGCUGCAGACGGAGCACAGUGAGACAGCGCUAAUGGAUUUUCUCCCAGGCUUAAUCCAUGGUGCAAUUGAACUGGAGUUUACAGACCCACCGCCAUCCAUUCUGCUGGAUUUGAAGCAUUUUCCAUUCGACUCCCCUUUCAUGUUCAGCAGCUGUUCACAGUGACGGCUCUUUAGCUCCCUGUGAGGGGAGAGAGGAAGAAUGGUUGUGUGUUGGUGUUCGGGCCACAGGGCCAGUGCUUUGUUUGUGAAUGGCUUGUAGUUAGUGAAUAGGUGAUGAGGAAUACAUCCUAUAGGGGUUGUCUUAUGAAUGGGUGUUGUCCUCAGCUGGCUGUAAUAGGCUUAUAGAAACACUAAACACACAACCCCCUGGCCCAUAAUCACAACUACCUCUCUCAGGACUCAUCCCCAUGGCUCUGUGACGCCAACUUUACCUCCUAUUACUCUGACUGACUUUUUCCUUGAUGUUAAUAAUAAAGGUGAUUUGGCUGCUUUGAGUAUCUGAACAGGUAAUCAAUACAAAGCAUUUUUCCAUAUUGCUCAAGUUAAUUACAUCUGGAUAUGACACCUGUUACCUUUUUCUGUCAGUGUGGUUCCAUCCAUCCUGGGCUUAUUGAUGUGGCCUGAACUCUGCCCAGAGCCCUGCUGGACUGUCCUGUACUGCACACCACACCAAUACUAAUUAAUAUAGAGAACUAUUGAUUGAUUUGAACUUUAAAUGGGUCUGGUUUUACUGUUGUUUCACCCCCCAAAACGUUAGGAAGCAAUGCUCUGUGACUAUUCAGAAUGGCUUAUGAGUCAUGCAGUUAAGUUGUUUGUGUCAUUAAUCUUCCUAAAACAAGCCCAUAAUAACCAGCAGUAAGAUGAAGGGGCUGUGGGGGCAGACGGAGAUGACGAAGAACAUGGUUUGUUUGAUUGAACAAUAUCGCUGAUUUGCUCUCAAAACACAUUUAGUGAAACGGAAAGGAGUUUCUUUGUCCUGAAAACUUCAGAAAUCUUUGUGCAUAUUUUAAUCAAUCUCACAGUCCUCGUUAAUUGAUCUUUCUCCACAUUUUGAAAAUCAACUCCCAUGUGUCUAAAAAGGAUCUGUUGAACUUCAAACAAACCUCAUGUAUAAUCGGUCUAUUUAUAUUGGACUUCUCUUAUUGUUAGAUGUAUGGAGGCAUGAAGGAAUGCAAGUAUUGUAUUGAUCAGACAGGCAGUCCGUUUCUGUCUGGUUUUGGUUGUACUGUAGGGAGCUAUGUGAGGACUGAUGCUUUGUUUAUGUUGUGUGUGAUUUAGUGUGAAUCAUUUAAGAAAAGUGUGUAAGGGGUUUGAUAACGAGUUGAUGAUUAAGUGAUUAUGCCUGAGAAGCCGGUGUUUGGAGGAUAUAUUGACACGGGUGUUGUUAGGCCCUAGACAGUGGAUUGCGCAGUGAGAUGGAACAGUAAAUAGGCAUUUCAACGUCAUAGGCUUAGCCAGUGGUAAUUUGUGGACUAGAAUGCAGUUUUAACCAAUCAGCAUCCAGGAUUAGACCAACCCGUUGUAUAAUGUGUUAUAGACUCAUGUUAUAUGUAGGUGUGAGUAUUGUUCUGUAUGGUGUUGCUCUACAUUAAGGUCAGAGGUCAAGGAGGGUGUAUAAAUCAUGCUAGACUAUUCGAUUGCCCCCUCAGUAACCCACAGGCUGGUUCUGUGUAUGUUCCAGGGCGGAGGAGGUCGGCGUGAUCAUGAUGAACCUUGAGAAGGCAAACCAGGUGAGUGAGAAAUGCCGUGCUGUAGGCAGCCCUCUGAAUAAGAUGCAUCUUCGUUAAGAUAAUCACUCAUGUAAUCAAGCCUCCUGUUUAAUUAGACACCCUGCGUCCUGCAGCCCCAGACCCCCUGCCUCCCCCUACCCUGCCUCCCCCUCCCUGAGCCCCUGUGAUUAGAGUCGGUAAACCCUGGCCCCCGUCUGUGGGUGCUCUACGGUAACACUCAGUAGAGGACAGGAGAGACUGCCAAGCGCGAUUGAUACCGGAGUGCCGUGCGCUGGGGCUCGUACCUACCUCAUUGCCUUGAUUGCUUCCUUUCCUUCCUAGUGAUUUCUCUUCUCUCUCUCUUUCCUCUUUCCUUCUCUCUCUCUGUCAGUCUCUCUCAUACCUUCUCACUCUCCUUUUCUCUAUCGUUCUCUCCUAUCUCUCCACCAGCAGCUCUUAGUUAAAUGUUCUCAAAAUGAAUAAUUAAUUAGGAGCCCGAGUGUGACGGUGCAGGUAAACAGUUUGGGAAGAAAGUACUCUGACUUAACAGUCCUCUCAGGAAAAUCGAGUGGCAGUUGCACUCUUCUGCUGGUCGAACUCCUCUAUUUCUCUUUUUCUGAGGGUCUGUCCUCAGAUGUAUCUGUCUGUUCUCUUCAAGACUAGUUAAUUUGUAUAUCUGCUGAGUGACUGACAGGUUGGUUGUGUCAGUGUUCUGUUGUGUGAGUUGUAAUGCUGUCAUGUUUGGUUGUAGAAAGCAGAGAUGGCCCAGAGGGAGGUGGAGAGGCUAAAGGAACAGCUGGCCAGUGCCCGGAGCGCCACCCCAGGGAGCUGCUAUCCACCAGAGGGCACUAGUGGGGUGAGACUAGACCACAUCCUCUUCUGUUCAGAUCAAUGUGUUCCUCGAUUUUUUCCCCCCUUCAAAUUCAUUGAAGCUUCACAUCAUGGAUCUUUUAAGUGUGAGAAUUCUGGACGGUAGAAUUUUUGCCUUUUUGAAAAGGAAUUCUCACCUUCCAAUGAUUUACCCUUCAGAGUCUUUGACUCUUUUUGACUCUGUUUCCUCUUUCUUUCUUCCACUUAGGAAAGGGAUGAGAAUGGUGAUGUGUUGCCAUCCAAGCUGGAGCCUAAGCUGAUGGCUAAAGACCGAGAGAUCCUCAGGCUACUGGAGAACGUACAGAGACUGCAGUUCGCACUACAGGAAGUCCAAAACAUCUCAGCCAAUCAGAUCAUAGAGCUGGAACGCCAGCUGGCCUAUAAGACAGAAGCUAUUGAGGUAAGUCCUACUGCAUACACUCAACUGGCAAGAGGUAUGGACCCACCUUCUUGUCGGUGGAGUUUGCUGAUAUAUGCUUCCUCUCUUUGACUGUUUCAGAGAUUAGAAGCUAAACUGCAAUCCCAGUUGGACUAUGAAGAGAUUAAAACAGAACUCCGGUGAGACAAACACUCACAGUGCUUGAGAAGAGACUACUAAUCGUAUUACAAUAUCUUAUAUUCAGGAACACAAUAUAACAUUCUUACUGUUGUUUUUUCCUAAUGUAGUAUCCUGAAGGUAAUGAAGCUGGCCUCAACGAAUGGUAGCUCGUCCGAGGUGAGAUAUAUAUUGAAGGUCGACUUUGUAUUGCGUUGUUGUUCAUAGCCCAGCAUUAAACAAAGUAGUUUGCGUCUUAACAAAACAGACCUUUGUUUUCCUCCUAAUGUUCCACUGCUGUCAGGGAAGAAAAAGUACAGCAGUGCCAUUGAAUGCCUAAGUGAGCGUCAUCCAUUGUAAGGAUAUCUACAGCCACUAUAAUUGAUUAAUCGGAAUUUAACAGCCUGUGUGUGUGUGUGUGUGUGUGUGUGUGUUUGUGUGUUUGUGUGUGUGUGUGUCACCAGGACUCUGCCAAGGCUGCAGAGGCUUUUUUGCGGGACAAAGAGGCCUUUCUUCCCUCUCACAAGUACCUGAUGGAUAAGGCCAGAAUCUUACGCAACAAUGGUGAGGCAACAGUAUCUACAGUGCCUUGCAAAAGUAUUUAUCCCCAUUGCCGUUUUUCCUAUUUUGUUGCAUUAUUCCUAUUUUGUUGCAUUACAACCUGUAAUUUAAAUGGAUUUUUCUUUGGAUUUCAUGUAAUGGACAUAGUCCAAAUUGGUGAAGUGAAAUGAAAAAAAUUACUUCUUUCAACAAAUUCUAAAAGAUAAAUAACAGAAAAGUGGUGCGUGCAUAUGUAUUCACCCCCUUUGCUAUGAAGCCCCUAAAUAAGAUCUGGUGCAACCAAUUACCUUCAGAAGUCACAUAAUUAGUUAAAUAAAGUCCACCUGUGUGCAAUCUAAGUGUCACAUGAUCUGUGACGAUCUCAGUAUAUAUACACCUGUUCUGAAAGGCCCCAGAGUCUGCAACACCACCAAGCAAGCGGCACCAUGAAGACCAAGGAGCUCUCCAAACAGGUCAGGGACAAAGUUGUGGGGAAGUACAGAUCAGGGUUGGGUUAUAAAAAAGAAUCGGAAACUUUGAACAUCCCACGGAGCACCAUUAAAUCCAUUAUUAAAAAAUGGAAAGAAUAUGGCACCACAACAAACCUGCCAAGAGAGGGCCGCCCACCAAAACUCACGGAUCAGGCAAGGAGGGCAUUAAUCAGAGAGGCAACAAAGAGACCAAAGAUAACCCUGAAAGAGCUGCAAAGCUCCACAGCGGAGAUUGGAGUAUCUGUCCAUAGGACCACUUUAAGCCAUACACUCCACAGAGCUGGGCUUUACGGAAGAGUGGCCAGAAAAAAGCCAUUGCUUAAAGAAAAAAAUAAGCAAACACGUUUGGUGUUCGCCAAAAGGCAUGUGGGAGACUCCCCAAACAUAUGGAAGAAGGUACUCUGGUCAGAUGAGACUAAAAUUGAGCUUUUUGGCCAUCAAGGAAAACGCUAUGUCUAACGCAAACCCAACACCUCUCAUCACCCCGAGAACACCAUCCCCACAGUGAAGCAUGGUGGUGGCAGCAUCAUGCUGUGGGGAUGUUUUUCAUCGGCAGGAACUGGGAAACUGGUCAGAAUUGAAGGAAUGAUGGAUGGCGCUAAAUACAGGGAAAUUCUUGAGGGAAACCUGUUUCAGUCUUCCAGAGAUUUCAGACUGGGACGGAGGUUCACCUUCCAGCAGGACAAUGACCCUAAGCAUACUGCUAAAGCAACACUUGAGUGGUUUAAGGGGAAACAUUUAAAUGUCUUGGAAUGGCCUAGUCAAAGCCCAGACCUCAAUUCAAUUGAGAAUCUGUGGUAUGACUUAAAGAUUGCUGUACACCAGCGGAACCCAUCCAACUUGAAGGAGCUGGAGCAGUUUUGCCUUGUAGAAUGGGCAAAGGGCGGGGUGAAUAGUUAUGCACGCUCAAGUUUUUUUUUUUUUGUUGUCUUAUUUCUUGUUUGUUUCACAAGAAAAAAUAUUUAGCAUCUUCAAAGUGGUAGGCAUGUUGUGUAAAUCAAAUGAUACAAACCCCCCAAAAAUAAAUUGUAAUUCCAGGUUGUAAGGCAACAAAAUAGGAAACAUGUAGCAAGCCACUGUAUGCCUAUGACAUCUAGUUGUAGUUCUUGAAAGCUGUUUGUAGUUUAUAGUCCCGAGUCUGCACGGUCUACAUAAGCUUAAUGUAGUGUGUUGGCUCUAUGCAGCUGUAAACCCCAGGGGCUGUGAAAGUGCUGCUAAACUGAGUGUGACUCUGUGUCUGCAGAUGAGGACCAAUCGGAGGAGUCAGGCAGGGAGUCAGGCAGGGAGUGGGGCAGGCCCUCAGGGUCCUUCUCCUCAGUCUCCCAGGUGGAUGGACGUACCUCUGCCAGCCCUGGUCCCCCCACCAUGGACGUCUCCUCCUCUAGCCACGACCUCCCCCUCCCCCGCCCCUUCUCUGUGUCCCCCUGCUCAAGGGACAGGCUGUCUGCGGACCACGUCCUCCACAAGCAGGUCCUCUCCUCCCCACUCUUCAAGAAGGAAUCCGGCAGCCCCCUCAUGGCCUUCCCCACCGCCCUGUAUGCAGCCAAAGCCACCCUAAUGUCAGCCAAUCAGGGACCUGCAGGGGCUGGCGGCAUUGAGGCCGGCCUGCCCAGUGACCAAUCGGAGAGCGGGAGCUCCACUGCGGGUGAUGACGACCAGUUGGAGACAGCAGAGAUUGCCUUCCAGGUCAAAGAACAGCUGUUGAAGCACAACAUUGGCCAGCGUGUGUUUGGUCACUACGUGCUGGGCCUAUCACAGGGCUCAGUCAGUGAGAUCCUGGCCCGACCCAAGCCCUGGAGGAAGCUGACAGUGAAAGGCAAGGAGCCCUUCAUCAAGAUGAAACAGUUCCUGUCUGACGAUCAGAACAUCCUGGCCCUCAGGACCAUCCAGGUCCGACAGAGAGGUAAGUGGACCGGACAGUGGUUACUCUAGCAGCAUACCACCCUGCAUCCCACUGCUGGCAUGCCUCUGAAGCUAAGCAGGGUCGGUCCUGGUCGGUCUCUGGAUGGGAGACCAGAUGCUGCUGGAAGUGGUGUUGGAGGACCAGUAGGCGGCACUCUUUCCUCUGGUCUAAGGAGAUCCCAGGGCAGUGAAGGGGAUAUUGCCCUGCGUAGGUUGCUGUCUUUUGGAUGGGACGUUAAACGAGUGUCCUGACUCUCUGUGGUCAUAAAAAAUCCCAUGCCACUCAUCUUAAGAUUAGGGGUGUUAACCCCGGUGUCAUGGCUAAAUUCCCAACAUGGCCACCUAAUCAUCCCCCUUAUUACUAAUUGGCAUAUAUCACCUCCCUACCUGAUAGCAUUAUGGCACAAAAAUGGUCGCCAUGCAUCACCCAAGUGGAUGCUACACAUUGGUGGUGGAUGAGGUGAGUUUCCCCCUACUAUGUAAAGUGCUUUGAGUACCUCAGUUGGUAUAAAAACGGUAUAUAAAUCCAGUUAAUUAUUAUUACUCUAAACCACAGAUAUGACAGCAGAUAUCGAAGUGUCAGGAAAUACCAGCCAUGAAAACUAACCUUUUAAAAUGAAAUAAUAUCAGGCAUUAAUUUACUGUACAUGCAUUUAAUAUGCUAAAGCAGAAGGUUGUGUAUUGCGGUAGCAAUAUUUUUAUUUGAGGAUUUUAUUAGUGCUGUGGGAUAGAGCAGAGUUGGCCACUGUGUCUUUCUGAUGAGUUUUGAAAGGCUGGUGGUUUAGUUUCUGGACCUCUCUGCAUUUAAACCUUUUCAUCUCCUUGGCCUGCACUUUUAACUUCUUCAUUUAUAUUUGACAUUUUAGUCAUUUAGCAGAGACCCUUAUCCAGAGCGACUUUAGUGCAUUCAUCUUAAGGUAGCUAGGUGGGACAACCACAUGUCAUAGUAAAUACAUUUUUCCACUAAAGUAGCUAUCACCAAAGUCCGAGCUAGUAGGGCGGAAAAAAAGUAAAGUGUGAGUGUUAGUUAGGGGGGGGGGGGGGUAGGGUUUCAGAUGUUUUCGGAAGAUGGGCAGGGACUCUGCUGUCCUAGCUUCAGGGGGAUACUGGUUCCACCAUUGGGGUACCAAGACAGAGAAGAGCUUGGACUGGGCUAAGCGGGAGCUUCCCUCCCGUAGGGGUGGGAGGGCCAAGAGAACAGAGGUGGCUUCCUCUCCCAUGUUUCAGAGCUUUUGAAAGUUGAGCUUACCGUAUACCGCAACCUCAGACGCCAACAUCUCAAAGGCAGCCGUUGAUCUUCCAGUCAAAAGCAAAGCCUUGGAACUGCUCUCUGAUCAGCCAUCCCACUCACUCUCCCCCCCCCCCCCCCCCCCCCCCUCCCCUUCUCUCACUCUCUGUUACCCUCUCUGUGGCAGGGAGCAUCACUCCUCGCAUCCGAACUCCUGAAACUGGGUCAGACGACGCCAUCAAGAAUAUCUUGGAGCAGGCCAAGAAGGAGAUCCAGUCCCAGAGAGGUGGGUCUGGAACAGGUUAUGCCUCUACUCUUUAUUCAUCUGUGCUAGGUCAGGUGACAUUUAGAUUAUAAUUAUUUUGGUGUGUACAUUUUGAGAGCAAUUUUCAUUGAUGGCAGUUGACGUUUUUGAAGUUGGUGUGGAGUGUGUAUUCGUAGAGUUCUGUGUAACGGUGUGUGUGCGUUUGUGUGUAUGUCUGUGUGUGCACGAUCUGCAGGUGACAUUAAAUCGUCCCUGGGCAGCCCCUCCGGCUUGAGCAGUAACGGGGCGGGCGGCAGCUCAGACGACACCAUCAAGAACAUCCUGGAGCAGGCCAGGAGGGAGAUGCAGGCGCAGCAGCAGGCCCUGAUGGAGAUGGAUGUCUGUGGCAGGGCCUCGGCCACCAGCGCUGGGUCCCAGGUGGAGCGCCUGGGGCUCCCUGAGUCUUCCAAGGUCAUGCCCUUACCCACCUUAAUCAAACAGGAGGAGGGGGGCACGGUGACCGUGUGCAUGGCCAACCCCGUCAGCAGCCCCCAGACCCCCCUCAGUGUCCUCUCCCCCGCCGCCUUCGUCCAGAACAUCAUCCGUAAAGUCAAGUCAGAGAUUGGUGAGGCGGGGACUUACUUCGACCAGCACUGGUCCGUGGAGCGGGGGCCCAUAGGCAUGGUGGGCGGCGUAGGGGGCGGCAGCUCUCGGCCCUUCACCUCAGUGUCUCCCUCCCUGUCCUCCUCCUCGUCCUCGGGCCCAUCGGCCCUGCCCCGGCCCUGGCCCCGGCUGGAGAACGGAGAGUGUCUGCCCAACAGUGAGGAGGCGUCUGCAGCCGAGGAGGACACUGGCUCGGGGAUGGUGCGGUCUGUGGAGGUAAAAGUGGAGUCAGACGUGUCAGUGAGUGGGGAGUCACCCGGCCCUGGCCGUGGCCUGUCCUAUUACCCAUCAUACCUCCCCCGCACCCUGAAGCCCACCGUGCCGCCGCUGACGCCGGAGCAGUAUGAGAUGUACAUGUACCGUGAGGUGGACACCAUCGAACUCACCCGGCAGGUCAAAGAGAAGCUGGCCAAGAACGGCAUCUGUCAGAGGAUCUUUGGUGAAAAGGUGUGUGUUCACUUACAUUUACGUCAUUUAGCAGACGCUCUUAUCCAGAGCGACUUACAGUUAGUAAGUGCAUACAUUUUCAUACUGGCCCCCCGUUGCAAGCGCCAUGCUCUACCAACUGAGCUACACGGGCCUAUCUUCACUCCAUGCUUCCUCUAAAAAGGUUUACACAUUUUUAAUAACUUAAUGUGUCUCAAUAAGUAAUUUGUGAGGCCUCUUUUUAAGCCAAAGAUUAUUAAAUAUGUAUCAUGUGAAUAUCAAACAGAUUUUGAUCAUGUGGAAGCAAAGCUUGUUCUUCAAUUCUUAUAGAUUGUGUGCUUCUGCCCUCUAGUGGUUGUAGAUAUGCACUUAAAAUGGGCCCUUAGUGAAGCUGAUGUACCAGUCAGCAUUUUGUCAUAUCUCGAACAGAUACCAAAGAGGUACUAAAAUUGUUCAUUCCUAAAUUGUUGCAGUUGCUCAGUAGGAAUAACUAGAUGUUUAUCCUGUGUAUCCUCUCCCCAGGUGCUGGGUCUAUCUCAGGGCAGUGUGAGUGACAUGCUGUCUCGGCCCAAACCCUGGAGCAAGCUGACUCAGAAAGGCAGGGAGCCCUUCAUCCGCAUGCAGCUGUGGCUGCUGGACCAGCUGGGCCAAGCACUCACCCAGCUUCCCAGCCAAAGCCUCUCUCAAGGUGCGCCACUACACAUUACACACUGCAACUUGGGCCUAUUUAUUUUAUAGAAGUAAUACUUUGUAAGUUAUGGUCAAUAAGAAUACUAGUGUCUUUCCGAGCUAAUCAGCUGAAUAGAGAAGGUCUCUUUGCUUCUUUAUCUGUUGCUCUGACUGAUGAUUUCACCCUCUGAUGUUUUGUGACUACCGCCCAUAGAUAAAAGCCCAGUGACGGCCCAGUCGUCGCCCUCCCCGCCCCCCAGCCCAGAGGAGAGCCACCCCAGCCCAUUGGUGGAGCCCGUCAGCCUGACCCUGGAGAGCAGCAAGGAGAACCAGCAGCCUGAGGGCCUGGGCCUGAUGCCCCCCCACCCAGAGGGAGGGAAGUCCACCCCCAGCCUGCUGUCCCUCCACCAGCCCCACACCCCGCUUGGCAUCCAGGAGCUGGUGUCAAUGUCCCCAGAGCUGGACACAUACGCAAUCACCAAGAAGGUCAAGGAGGUGCUAACAGACAACAACCUAGGUGAGUUUAAGUUGUUGUCUCUGGAUAUGGGUUUUAGGAAUGAGUGUGGGAUCUAUGUUGUGGUGAGUUAAUGUUAUGUGUUGUGGUUUUCUCUGACCAUCUGAUUAGGAAAAACCCUGUGUCCUAGUUAUGUCAUGUGUCCACUAGGUCAGCGGACCUACUUUAUUUGUGCUCUGUUUGGAAUACAGUAUGUCUGUCAAUGUGUGUGUUGUUUAAACCUUUGUUUGUGUGCUCUAGGCCAGCGGCUGUUUGGGGAGAGUAUACUGGGCCUCACCCAGGGCUCAGUGUCAGACCUGCUCUCCAGGCCCAAGCCCUGGCACAAACUCAGCCUCAAAGGCAGGGAGCCGUUUGUCCGCAUGCAGCUGUGGCUCAACGACCCGCACAAUGUGGACAAGCUGAGGGACAUGAAGAAGAUGGAGAAGAAAGGUUGGUGUAUUUACAGCAUGUUAUCUGCAAAUUAUGUUCUGUUAUCAGGGUUUGCAUGUUAGCAGUAUGUGUAUUUGCAUUUACCUACUCAUACAGUAGAGCACUGUGUGGAUGUACUAAUGGAUAUACAGUGCUGCUUGAAAGUAUGUGAACCCAUUGUGCAAUUACAGAUUAUUUCAGUUUUUACCAUGAAAUCUUCAUUUAAUCAGAACUAGUCUUUUUGAUCUGACAUAACAGGUUUAUAUUUACUAAUACCAUAUGUUGGUGAAGAGGAAAUCAUGCAUGUAGUAGAAAAACAAAAUUAAAAAGGAAUUAGUGCAGGUGCAAGAAUAAGUGAACCCCAAGUUGCAUUGGUUAAAUCAAGUAGGUAAGUAGAAUCAGGUGGGUAAUUAAUCAGCUACCAAAUUAACCAAUCAAAGGAGAGAUCGUUAGGAAAGAGAUUGGGCGGGACUCUGAUAAAUAGAGAUAAGAAACCUGGUCAGUUUGGUGUUACCCAUCCAUGUGAAUGCAAAGCACACCAUGCCAAGAGGAAAUGAGAUCUCAAAGGACAUCAGGACGAGGGUAGUGAGAGCACAUCAGUCUGGGGAAAGCUAUAAAAUCAUCUCAAAAAGAUUUGCGCUCCAUCAGUCCACUGUGAGGCAAAUCGUUUACAAAUGGAGAGCAUUUAACAUGACAGCAACUCGGCCUAGAAGUGGACGCACUUCCAAAAUAUCCCCAAGAGCCACGAGAACAAUAAUAAAUCAGGUAAAAGCCAACCCAAACAUAACAUAUAGAGAUUUGCAGACCUCCCUUGCUGCAUCUCAGGUAACUGUGCAUGCUUCAACAAUAAGAAGAACACUGAAUCGAAAUGCCAUUCAUGGGAAGGUUGCAAGGAAGAAGCCUCUGCUGUCAAAAAAGAACCAAACUGCCUAUCUUAACUAUGCCAGAGACCACCUGGACAAACCUGAAGGUUUCUGGAAGUCCAUUCUCUGGACCGAUGAGUCCAAAAUUGACCUUUUUGGUCACAAUCAACAUGCUAUGUUUGGCGAAAACCCAACACUGCCUACCACCAAAAUAACCUUAUCCCAACAGUCAAGCAUGGUGGUGGGAAUGUCAAGAUCUGGGGCUGCUUUUCCUACUCUGGACCUGGAUGACUCCACAUCAUUAAGGGAACCAUGAAUUCUGAGGUAUACCAGGAGAUUCUUGAACAGAACGUCAGGCCAUCAGUCAAGGAGCUAAAGCUGGGCCGAAAAUGGGUCUUCCAACAAGACAACGACCCAAAGCAUUCAAGCAAAUCUACCAAAGAAUUGCUCAGGAGAAAGAAGAUUUGUGUUUUGGAUUGGCCAAGUCAAAGUCCUGACCUAAAACCAAUCGAGAUGCUGUGGCAGGACCUAAAGUGGGCAGUUCAUGCCAGACACCCCUCAAACCUCACUCAAUUGGCUAAAUUCUGUAAGGAGGAGUGGGCAAAAAUCCCUCAAAACAGAUGUCAGAGACUGAUUACUGGCUAUAGGAGAUGUUAAGUCCAAGUGGAGGUGCCACAAGCUAUUGACUGAUGGGGUUCACAUCUUUUUCCACACAUAAAAUCUGAGUUUCUGUUAAAUAAACCACUUUUGUUAAAUAAACAAUGAAAAUAUAUAUUUUUUUGUUUCUGUCAUUUACUUGGAAUGUCUAUUACUAAUUGGGGUUGAGAUAAGGAUUUUAUGUUUAUUUUAAAAUGUUAUAGCAAAAUAAUGACCAGCCCUGUAGGGUUCACAUACUGUCAAGCUGCACUGUAUGCACAGCAGCUAUACUGUGUGAUGGAUUGAUUAGUGUUAUUCCAUGUUUUUACAUUGAUUUCUAUAUAUCUCUCUCGCUCUUUCUCUCUGUGUUGUCCUCUCAGCCUACCUGAAGCGGCGGUAUGGGCUGCUGAGUACCGGCUCAGACAGUGACUCUCCCAGUGCCCGCUCUGAGUGUGUGAGCCCAGCUCUGGCCUCAAUAGACCUGUGUCCCUACAGUCAGGUGAAGAAGCCCAGGGUGGUGCUGGGGGCUGAGGAGAAGGAGGCUCUGAGGAAGGCCUACCUCCUGGAGCCAUACCCCUCCCAGCACACCAUUGAGAUGCUGGCUUCCCAGCUCAACCUGAAAACCAAUACAGUCAUUAACUGGUUCCACAACUACAGGUCAGACAUGGCAUCAGAUCCCCACCCCCAGAGGGACUAGAAUAAUUACAUUGAAUAAAUACAGUACAUGGAAUUACUAACAGAAUACUUGGAUGCUUGUUUUGAAUUAAUGAAGUACACGACUCCUUCAAACUGUUAGUUUGUUGUGUUUUUCUAAGCAGGUCCAGGAUGCGACGGGAGGUCCACAUGGAGGGUCUCCAGGACAACGACACAGACACAGAACACCACAGCUACUCUCUCUCGGCCACACAGAGCCCCAUCUCAGACGGGGAUGAGAAGAGGCUGCUGCACCCCGCUGGACACCCCCCCCACCCCAUCCGCACCCUCAGCGCCAACACACCACUGCCUCAUGUCAAACAGGAGGCCGGUGAGCGGGAGGACGAGGGAGAGGAGGAGAGGGACGGCUACAUCAGACAGUCUAAGGUCCAGUGUUUCUCUAUGGGCGUCCAGUUCCCUCAGUUGAAAACGGAGCAUGAGGACCUGAUAGGUGGCUGCCGAGAGCUCCACCUGGCUCCACACUAUCCUCAGAGCCUGAGGCAGGAAGAGGGGAUGAGUAGCCAGGCUCAGGGGCUCUUCCAGGGGGCGCUCUCCCUAGAUGGCCCCCAGAGAGCCAGCCAGUCCUGGAACGAGGGUGACGACUCCAGCAAGUCUCCCGUGGACCCGGUCAGCUUCAAGGCCUCGUCUGAGCCCUGCCGCAGCAGCCUGGAGGUCUCCCUCAACUCCCCCUCCGCUGCCUCCUCACCUGGCCUCAUGAUGUCCGUCUCCCCUGUCUCAUCAUCCUCUGCACCCAUCUCCCCAUCCCUGCCCAACCCACCAACCACAAGCACCAACCACAGCCUGGACCCUAACGCCCUGCCUCCCAUCCAGAGCCCCAAGCCCAACAGGAGCGUUCAGAGACGCACCGAGAAAAUGGCCAACCUCAACAACAUCAUCCACAGGCUGGAGAGAGCGGCUAACCGGGAGGAGACCCUGGAGUGGGAGUUUUAG